CAGAAUAAAUAAAUAAGACACGGCUGAGGUAAAGCUGUGAUGGCUUUGUCUCUGUCUCUGGGAAGUAGAAUCGGAUCUUCCGUCUUAACACGACGGCGUAUUCCCUUCGUCGGUGCGUUUUGCGUGCUAAGCUUGGGUUUCUCCUCCCUCUCAUCCUCCUUCUCCUCGUCUUCCUAUAAACCGGGUUGUGCACAGUCUCUCUCUUUUGCCCCUCUCUUAAGGUCUAGGUUUAGCAGUAAGGCUUCUUCUUCUUCAUCGAUCAAAAUGGAGGAGGGGAGCAACACUGUGCCUAGCAUUGUCGUCUACGUCACUGUUCCUAACAGAGAAGCAGGAAAGAAGUUGGCUAAUAGCAUAGUCCAAGAAAAGCUUGCAGCUUGUGUCAACAUUGUUCCAGGUGUUGAAUCGGUGUACGAGUGGGAAGGAAAGGUUCAGAGUGAUUCGGAGGAGCUCCUGAUAAUCAAAACGAGGCAAUCCCUUCUGGAGUCUCUUACCGAGCACGUCAAUGCUAAUCACGAAUACGAUGUGCCAGAAGUUAUUGCAUUGCCCAUAACUGGUGGGAGCGACAAGUAUCUAGAAUGGUUGAAAAACAGCACAAGGAACUAAGAUCUCGUAGCUGUCCACCAUCACUGGCUUUGGAGUUUGGUUUCUCAAAUAAAGAGCUCUCCCCAUCUGUGGAUUAUGCCAUAGUGUGUGACUGUGUGAGGUGUUCAAAUACUAAAGACCAGUUCACUUAUGUGUAAUAAAAAAUUGUACUCAUA